GUGGUGGAACAAGUGGUGCUCCUCUGCUACGAGAUGAUCAGCAGAUAAGAAAAAGUGGUGCUGUGCAAGAUGACCAGCAGAUAGGUGGUGGAAAAGCAGAGGACAUUGACGUGAUGGUUCCUCGACCUCUCUCAACGGGAUGGCAACAAGAGUUUCUUCGCUGUACAUCUUCAAGUAGCUCGUGCUCGUCUAGAAGUAGUUCUCGAACAAAUUCCAAAAAUCACGACUCACCACAUACUCCUACCAUCAAAAAACAUGUUGUAACUCCUGCGAGUCGUGUAGGUACAAGGUUUUCACGCCGCUAUAUUUCCUUGCCGAAGUGGCCCUUGCAGCUCUCGUUGGCAGGAAGUAGAAACAGACGUAAGGCACGAACACGAGUAAGACCCACUAUACUUCAAGAUAAUCAACCUGCGGAUGCUCCUGCUGCAGCAGAAGCAGAGCAGAUGAACAGGAAGAACGACCACAACAUGCACGAAGAGGAGAUUAAGAACGAUAACACGCAAGAGGGCCAAGUGAGUGCUCAUUAUUUGACCAUGAAUGCGUAUGGUAAUCGGCAUAACGUGGCGUCAAGACGUGACACACUACAAGAAGAUGCAAAAUAUGCUGUAAGGAUGAUGAACUUGAAGAACGUAACCAAGAAUCACCAAGAAGAGGACGACACAUCUUCAGGAGGCGAAGCUACGAUGACGAUGGAAAAGACUUCUGAGGCCCAGCACGAACAGGACCACGAGGAGAGUAGUUGCCAAGGCAUAUUUCCACUGAGUGUCUUAUUGGCGAAUAUCGUUUAUUUACCUGGAGGCGGAAAGUCGCCUGAUGCGUGUACUUUUGAUGUUUGCCAGGAAUUAUAUCAAGACGUGGAAAAAAGGGAGCAUGCUCAAGAACAUGCUGUAACCCCAACAAGCUCCUCCACCAGCACGACUAGUAGUUGUUGUACGACUUCUGGUGGUCGUGCGGUUCUUCAUCGUAAAAAUGUUGAUCGCAAAAAAUACUACCUUCUGAAUGCCUUAGCUAUUGGACAUCUUGCCGCAACAUGCUCGGAAGCGAGCGAAACGUUGAC